AACGACCGCGCACGUUUGGAUGAGUUGUCUCUACGAAUCGCUGAUGUGAUCGCCAAAAACGAAAACCCCGAAAGAAACGCAAGAUUACCGCAGCCAGCCCCGCCAAAGAUUAACGAAGCCCUCAAGCCUGCCAUGCUAUCCAAGGAAGCGACCCCGACCGAAAUGAGAAAUUGGAUGGAGCAAUUCGAGUCGUAUUACACUUCAAAUCAAAUGAAUCGAUUCAGUAUAAAAGAACGCCAAGCAUACCUGAGAAUUCUAAUCGACGACGAUCUGAAAGCGAGGCUCGGAGCAUUUACAACGGAAGACACAGACAUAUUUGGAGACGGCGGGUGUCUACAAUUCUUGCAAGACGACGUAAACUCCAGAUAUCCGAAAGUGACCAGAAGGCUCGAUUACUUCAAGCGAAAGCAAAUGGAGGGAGAAAACUACACCGACUUCAUAUCGAAAUUGAAGGAAUUAGCAAAGCUGGCAGAAAUCGAACAACUCAAGGGCGAGGAAAUCCUCGUGUUCAGUGCAUUAUGCGGCACGAGAGAUAAAAUGUUACUCGACGAACUCCUGAAGAUCGAGGAACCAACGAUGAUACGUAUUGAAAAGGUUGCCAAGCUACACGAAGCUAAAACCAACACCAAAGCAAAGUUAAGCAAGCCCGAAGACCACGAAAGAAUAGCGAAGAUCGAGACGAGAGGAUGGAACAAGCCAAGCCAAGUCGUCAAGCCAUCACGUGAGCGCAACGAACCAAGGAAGCACGGAGAAUCGAAACGCAACGACGGAAAGCGAGAUAAAGUCGAAGCAAAGAUCAAAAGCGGAAAGGCAUGCGGAAG